AUGGCCGACAACUGCUGCUCCCCCUGCUGCCGGCCGUCUGGCUGCGUGCCCGUGUGCUGCAAACCCGUGUGCUGCGAGCCCGUGUGCUGCGAGCCCGUGUGCUGCGUUCCCGUCUGUUGCGAACCCACGUGCUGCCCCACCUCGUGCUGCCGCCCAGCCUCCCGCGUGGCUCUGCUCUGCCGCCCGGCCUGCGGGGCCGGCUGCGGCUCGGCCUCUUGCUGCGGGGACGGCCCCUGCCAGGCCUCCUGCUGCCAGCCGGCCUGCGGCCGGGACGGUUGCUGCGGCUCGGUCUGCUGCGGGUCCGGCCCCUGCCAGUCCUCCUGCUGCCGACCGUGUUGCUGCACAACCCUCUCCUGCAGGCCCGUCGCGUGCGUGCCCGUCUGCUGUAAGCCCGUGAAAGUCAAGUCGACUCAGGCACUCAGUAACCCACCCGAAACCCCAACCGCCGACACCAUGGCCGACAACUGCUGCUCCCCCUGCUGCCGGCCGUCUGGCCGCGUGCCCGUGUGCUGCAAACCCGUGUGCUGCGAGCCCGUGUGCUGCAAACCCGUGUGCUGCGAGCCCGUGUGCUGCGUUCCCGUCUGUUGCGAACCCACGUGCUGCCCCACCCCGUGCUGCCGCCCAGCCUCCCGCGUGGCUCUGCUCUGCCGCCCGGCCUGCGGGGCCGGCUGCGGCUCGGCCUCUUGCUGCGGGGACGGCCCCUGCCAGGCCUCCUGCUGCCAGCCGGCCUGCGGCCGGGACGGUUGCUGCGGCUCGGUCUGCUGCGGGUCCGGCCCCUGCCAGUCCUCCUGCUGCCGACCGUGUUGCUGCACAACCCUCUCCUGCCGGCCCGUGGCGUGCGUGCCCGUCUGCUGUAAGCUAUUAGGCAGCCUCGAAAACACUGCUGGACAGUCUGGCUCCCAGUGGCAGCUCACUUUCUACAUUUGGUGCCGAAAUUUUCCAGGAGUUUUGCCCCUACCAAAGAAAUUUCGAGCGAGAGAAGUCGACAUUUCAGUCAGUAACCCACUUGAAACCCCAACCACCGACACCAUGGCCGACAACUGCUGCUCCCCUUGCUGCCGGCCGUCUGGCUGCGUGCCCGUGUGCUGCAAACCCGUGUGCUGCGAGCCCGUGUGCUGCGUUCCCGUCUGCUGCGAACCCACGUGCUGCCCCACCCCGUGCUGCCGCCCAGCCUCCCGCGUGGCUCUGCUCUGCCGCCCGGCCUGCGGUGCGCCCUGCGGGGCCGGCUGCGGCUCGGCCUCUUGCUGCGGAGACGGCCCCUGCCAGGCCUCCUGCUGCCAGCCGGCCUGUGGCCGGGACAGUUGCUGCGGCACAGUCUGCUGCGGGUCUGGCCCUUGCCAGUCCUCCCGCCGCCAACCAUCUUGCUGCCGGCCCGUCGCGUGCGUGCCCGUCUGCCUCAGUAACCCACCCGAAACUCCAACCGCCGACACCAUGGCCGACAACUGCUGUUCCCCCUGCUGCCGGCCGUCUGGCUGCGUGCCCGUGUGCUGCGAGCCCGUGUGCUGCAAGCCCGUGUGCUGCGUUCCCGUCUGUUGCGAACCCACGUGCUGCCCCACCCCGUGCUGCCGCCCAGCCUCCCGCGUGGCUCUGCUCUGCCGCCCGGCCUGCGGUGCGCCCUGCGGGGCCGGCUGCGGCUCGGCCUCCUGCUGCCAGCCGGCCUGCGGCCGGGACGGUUGCUGCGGCUCGGUCUGCUGCGGGUCCGGCCCCUGCCAGUCCUCCUGCUGCCGACCGUGUUGCUGCACAACCCUCUCCUGCAGGCCCGUCGCGUGCGUGCCCGUCUGCUCAUCGCACACUUCAAACAGGAUGGGGACCAAGAUGCUCAUCACUAACGUGCCCGGGUUGCGAUCCUCACUAACGUGA